AUGGCACCGCCCUUUCGAGCCGAUCAGGUCGGGUCGCUGCUCCGGCCGAAGAGUCUGGUGGAUGCGAGGACCAACACGAGUCUCCAGGGGGCGCGGCUCAGAAACGGCCCUGGUGAUCAGGAGGACGUUGCUGCCGCCGGCGAUGCCACUGCGGCUUCCUCGUCCGGCGAUGUCGAUCUGAUGGAGGUCCUGCGGACCGAGCAGGCAAAGGCGAUCAAGGACGUCGUGGGCGAGCAGCUCGCGCGACACGUCCUGCCCAUCACGACGGGCGAGUACGAGCGGGGGAUCUUCUACGGCAACUUCUUCGAGUCGCUCUCGGGCUUCGCGGUGCGCUACACGCCCAUGUCCGAGUUCAAGGUCGGGUUCCCCACGAACCGGCCCCUGAUCAAAUGGGGCCUCCCCGGCCGCGAUGCGGGGUUCCCGACCUCGAACAAGGUCACCCUCGAAAAGUCGGCGUACCUGGACGACUGGCUGUACUUCCGCAGCCUCCUGCCAGAGGACCGAUGGAGGGACGCCAAGAUGACGGUCCCACCGCCCGGCUGGUGGCACAUCCAGCUCAAGCAACCCUUUGACCGCGACCUGUACGAGAGCGACGAGGCGUUGCUGCGGGAUCUGAGUGCCGCGCUCAGGAAGGAGAUCUUGACCCUGUACGAGCACGGCCUGAGGGUCGUGCAGGUCGACGACCCCAACCUGUCGUUCUUCUGCGACGAGGAGUGGAUCCAGACGUGCCGCGACGAAGGCGUCGACCUCGACCGGCUGCUCGAGCUGUACGUGCGGUCCCACAACGACGCCAUCACGGACCUACCCCCGGACCUCCACGUGGGCGUCCACAUCUGUCGCGGGAACUUCCCCAACGGCGUGGGCCUCGCCAGCGGGAGUUACGAGCGGAUCGCGAGGAAGCUGUUCAACGAGACCGCGUACAAACUGUUCUAUCUCGAAUUCGACAGUCCACGGGCCGGCGACUUCACUCCCCUCAAGUACCUGCCGGCGGACAAGGCGGUGGUCCUGGGCGUGGUGACGACCAAGUCCGCCGAGAUGGAGGACCUGGACGAGUUGAAGAACCGAGUCUACCAGGCGGCCGACGUGGUGGCCGAGGGACAGGGCAACGGGAGGACCAGGGAGGACGCGCUCCGCGACAACCUCGCCGUGUCACCCCAGUGUGGCUUUGCGAGUGACCACUCCGAAGGCGGAGUCGGCAUGACCAGGGACCUCAUGUGGGCAAAGCUGGACCUGGUCAACAAGCUGUCCCAGGAGAUCUGGCCGGGAUGGGAUAAAGACCGGAGAUAG